AGCAGAUACCAAAUAAUGAUGGAAAGAGAGCCACAUCCUAUAUGUGGCACAAUAACCAUAAGAUCUUCUGUGGACAACUCAUUAGAAAACACCUGUAGUGGAUUUCUCUUGGAUAGCAAGCUGGGAUAUUUCCUUACCCAUGGGACUGUUUUAUCGGAACAUUUACACAUCAAAAGUAAAGUAUUUAAAGAAUUAAAUAAGAAAUCGUAUUCCAGUGUCAGACAAACUUUUGAACAUCUACAGGUAACUAUCCAAUUGCCAAAGAUUGACUUGGAAAAUAGUAGGAGUAUCAGUCUAAAUCCUGACUUAAAAGCCAGUCUUUCUAAUGCAGUAAUAGAAGACCUCCGAGAUAACCAAUGUGCUCAGUUUUCAGGAAGCGUCCAUAGUUUAUUUUGUGUACCAAACUUACAAACUCUUUUAAAGAAACUCAUGCCUCCUGAUAACUGGGAAUUUGCAGAGGAUUUGUCCAAGAAAAGCAAAGAGGAGCAAUCAAAAUCAUUGAUUUUCCAUAAACUCUUAUCCUGUUUUGUGCUUAUCAAGCUUAAUAAUUGGGUACCUUUCUAUUCAGUUAUUUCAACAAAAUCUUCUAAUAGUAACUUCAUAGGAGAUUCAGUGGAAAUUGUUUCUACACCAUUUGGAGGGCUUAAUCCAGAGGUGUUCCUAAAUUCCAGAAGUGCUGGAAUCAUAAGUAAUACAGCAGGAAAGCAUAAAGUUCUGUUAAUGACUGAUGCCAGGUGUGUUCCAGGCUCUGAGGGUGGGAUAUUACUGGAGAGGAGAAGGUCAAGAUGUGUGAUUGGUGUGAUGAUAGCCACUCUCUGCUGGAAAAAUAACGAGUGGGUGGGGCUAUCCAUGGCCUGUGCCUUGCCAGAAAUCCUGAAAGCAGUAGAUGGAAUUCCUAUUGAGAUUGGCCCUGCAGUGCUAAACAUUGAUGGAAAAGGUCAACCAGACACAGUUUUACAACAAGUAGUCCGCUCAGUUCCCAUGAUCUCCGUCAGAGGAAGCUGGGGGUCAGGGUUCAUAGUUGGUAUCCAUGGAGAUGAAGUCAUUCUCCUGACUUGCAGCCAUGUUGUCAAAGAUUGCAAUCACACUCCAGCAAAAAUUAAAUGGCCUUCAGGAAAUGUAUACUCUGGAAAGUUACUGUACAGAAAUAUCACCUCCCCUGCAUUUGACCUUGCUCUUUUGUCUGUGAAGGUCAAUGCAGGUGACUUUCCAUCUUCACUGAAACCAUCAAAGGUGAAAGAAGGAGAGACAGUAUUUGGAGUGGGUCAUGCCAUCUUCAAUGAAGAAUAUGACCUUCUCCCAUCAGCUACCUCAGGAACUGUGUCCAAAAUUCUCAGAAUAAAGAACCAAAUUGUCAUGCUUCAGACCACCUGUGCUAUACAUGCUGGAGCCAGUGGGGGACCCAUCGUAAACAGGCAGGGAAAAGUAGUCGGUGUCACAGUAUGUAAUGCAAAGGAUGUGUCUGCUGGUGCUAGUUAUCCACAUAUCAACAUGUGUGUUCCCAUGGAAACUGUGUUACCAAUUAUUGAAAAGUUCUUGAAGUCAAAAGAUACAACUGUGUUGGAGCAAUUGCAUGUAAAAGACCCUUUGGUUAAAGGACUCUGGGCUCUAGAAACCAAAAACACAGGUCACAUGAUCUCAAGCAGACUAUAACAAAAUGCUGAGCUGUGAGUGAAUAUUUGAAUGGGUGGAAAUCGAAUUGUGGAUAUGUCUACAUGGCGAAAUUUCCAAGGAAUUUCAUAUUUUCUUUAUAGAACUUGGCAUUUACUGUGAUAAAACAUUUAUUCUGUAA